AUGAUUCAUCAAUCUAUUCUAGUCCUUUUGAUGUUAUGUAUGGUGGCCAUCCACGCUGAAUACAGGUGCAAUGGAAAUAAUGGUGCAAGCUGUUACUGGACAUAUUGUGGAACAACACAGAAUAACCUUGGAGAUGUGGAUGAGGAAGGUUACAAAUUAGUGUCAUGGACCAAAGAGCUCACGCACGCUCAGAUAUGUACAAAUCCGGGUGCUAUGGGACUAAGCAUACAUCCACCUGGUAAUUGUUGUGAUGCUUAUGGUGGAACAUGUGCACUUCUUGGGCAAUACAAAAGGCUUUGGUGUAAACCUGCCCCUGUCACCUAUCGAAAACUUGGUAACUGUCCUGACAAUCAGCACCGAAUUUGUCAGAUUUUAGCUAGCGAAGAAAAGUGGGAUAUUUGCAGUAAAGAUCAGUUCCAAUUUCAAGGCUAUAAGUUUGCUGCUACAAUUUUUAUACUUUUCAUCAUGUUAGUCUCUCAUAGGGGCUAUCAGUGUUAUGAAAUUAAUGUUUCAAAUAUACUAUUGAAUUCUAUCAGGGUCGUCAAAACAACGAAGACGGAUAAAAAGAUUUGA